AUAAUGAUCAGGAAUCAAAGGUAAAAUUCAAAAUGGUUAGUCCGAAUAUCCUCUUCAUCACGGCAUUUCUAUUGUUUACGAUAUGCUGUAACAAUAACAUCGUGGCAGGAGAUGAUUCCCCUUGUUGGCGAUUGAACGGACGGUGCCAGUAUACCAGUGAAAGAUGUGACAGGUACAACAGCGCCCCCUUGUGUGGCGGGCCCAACAACAGACAAUGUUGUGUCAGUGGAGCCGACAGACUCUGCUGGAAUAAAUACCAUUACGGAAUUUGUCAAGACACAAAAUACGGCUGCCGUGGUGGUUAUGAUGGCGCAAACUUGUGUGGAGGAGGAUACUCUAGACAAUGCUGUAGAAGACUAUAGUUAUCCAUGAGCUUUGUUGUGUAAACUGACAAAUAAAAUGGAAGCAUGAAUUCUGUAUUUAAUUGUACAAACAGAGAUACAAAAAAGUUCACUGUAAUAUGUAAAAACAGAGAAAAUAAAAUGGUGUUUUCAUAAGUCAACUAUUU